AUGGAUUCUCCUCCGGCGAAACCAAAAAGCGCAGUACCGCCUCAUAUGGCCAAUGGCCCUUCCCCCCUCAGUCCCUCCCCACUCAGUCUCUCGACCGAAGCGCGCCGGAAGCAAGAGAGGGAACAUCUCUUUGCCGCAAUAGAAAACUCCAACCGCGGGCGUUCGGUGGUAGAUUUUGGCGCUUCGGACAGUUUCUUCCCUGAAGGCUCAUCGCACGCCACAUCCGACAAACGCGACGCGAUGCACACCGAGGUUGAUUCAGAAGGUUGGAGGCACAUUGCAAGUGCUGCGACACCAUUGGCAACAAGUCGUGCACUCAGCCCAUACACCCAACACCCCACCAUCGACUUCGAUGGCUUGAGCUGGCCAAGCGUCGGCACGCGGGAAAGAAAAGAAGCGACCGAAGAACAGAAGGAACAGACAUUGGCCAAAAUUAGCGGUGCAGUCAGAACUAUAUUGGAAUGUCUCGGAGAAGACCCUGAUCGCGAGGGAUUGCUGCAGACGCCCGAGCGAUAUGCGAAAGCGCUUCUGUUCUUCACAAAGGGAUAUGAGGAGAACCUCCGUGAUAUUGUCAACGGCGCUGUUUUCCACGAGGACCAUGACGAGCUUGUCAUAGUGAAGGACAUUGAGAUCUUCUCCUUGUGCGAGCACCAUCUGGUGCCGUUCACAGGAAAGAUGCACAUAGGGUACAUUCCGAACCGCCGCGUCAUAGGCCUCUCUAAACUCGCGCGCAUAGCCGAAAUGUUCUCGCGGAGACUCCAAGUCCAGGAACGCUUGACGAAGCAAGUUGCGCUCGCGCUCUCAGAGAUGCUCCAACCCCAAGGAGUCGCCGUAGUUGUAGAGUCCAGUCACCUCUGCAUGGUCAUGAGAGGGGUACAAAAAACUACGGCCACAACUACAACUAGCUGCAUGCUUGGAUGUAUGAGGUCAAGAGCGAAGACUCGAGAAGAGUUCUUGAACUUGAUAAAUCGGAGGUGACAUAAACAGUCAUAAAUACGGAUCAUAUUUGGGCGGGCACCAAGUUUGUGAUUUACAGGCGUUCAGGUUGGUGCUCAUCCACGGAGGCAAGCGUCAUGAUUUCAGAUAUCUGCAUUAGAAUAGGUGUCCCCCGCCUUCAACAGGCCAGUAUGGUUAUCGCGACUUCUUCCUUUCUUCAGCUUUUUCUCUCUACAGGUGCUCUUCCUUGCCUACGAAGUUCCCUCGACUCCCUGUCUUUCACUCACUCGCGCGGGUCAACCGCCACUGCUAUUGUUUGUUUACACCCCAGUAAAACCUCCUACCUUUCCUAGGAACUCGUGCUUUUCGUCUAGCCGCUAUUAUACCUAUUGUGCCCUAACAGCAAACGACCGAUAGAGGUAACGCGACGCGCAAAGUUCUUGCCAU